CACUCCUACGUCAUAAGUGUAUCCGAGUCUGCGAUGAGAACCAUGUUACUUCUGGUAUUGAUGUGCGGAUUUGCCUCUCUGGUUGGUGGCUCGGUGAGACAUGUUUCGGCCCCGCAGGGUUGUACCGGUGUUCGCAAGCCUAGCUCUUCACAGUUCUGUGCUGUAGGCACUAUAGACACAGAUGCAUCCAAGGUGAAUAUAACCAUCUACAUCUUCGAUAUUGACGAUCCCUCUAAGUCCGUAUAUUUCCAUAUCCAAUUGGCCGCCAAUGGUUCGGAGCCGGCCGGCCUCAAUAUCACUGGUGGGGGCAUCGCUAAGGUCAAUAUUGUGCAGGUGGUGAAAGGGAUGCUUUUCGUCCCUAUAAGACUAAGCGCUGAAACUGUAGCAGGUGGUAGGGGGCACUACGACCCUUCAACUGGUAGAUGGACUGCUGACAUCACAGUGAUUGCGGAUGCUGACUUCAUGGUUUCUGGUGAGUCAGAUCUUUAUAUGAGGAUGGGCAAUAUUGUCAAGACCAAUAUGAGUGAGGACCACGACUUCAGGUUGCUUACUCAGCUCGAGGGACGUACUGGAGACAAGUUUCGUGGCAUGGACGUGGGCCUCGAACUUAAGUUGCGUACUUUGGAAAGUGACCUCUACACUUGGGAGAUCUUUUGCAAGGAUAAAUAUCAUGUCUGGCUUUUUCCCAUAGCCGAUAUUACAAACUGGCAUUAUUAUAUUUGGAAUACGUUCAAUCUCUCCAAAUGAGAUCCACAGCAACCGCUGGCAUCUACAAAUCUUGUGCCUGGUCAGAGAAGUGGUUUUCUACAUCAUUUUGGCUGACCAUCGUUUAUACAGUACAUCGCCUACAUUUGCCGUUUCGACGAGCUUGUAGAACUACCUCAUGGGCUGUUUGGAAAAGUCUUAUUGUUCCCGUCAAUGACGAGUCGUCAUGAUGCAUCGAACGCUCAUUCGUUCUCAAGAAAGCUGAUGCUAUCGUGCUGUCUCCUAUUCCUAUGCUGCACCUGAAUAUUGCCAGUUGAACGCGUACGCAUCUUCUUGACCCUAUGAUAAUUUACGUGCACUAUUAACUAUCAUUUUUAUUUCUGGUUCUACGCUCGAAUUACUUGAGCUCUCUUAUUGCGUCCGAUCGUCAGUCCGUACUUACAUCUUUCCCCUAUGUCU